AUGGCCACCUUCGUGGAGCUCAGCAACAAGGUGAAGAUGCCCAUCAUGGGUCUGGGCACUUGUAAGUCUUCCCCAGGCCAAGUCAAAGAGGCUGUGAAGGCAGCAAUUGAUGUGGGGUACUGCCACAUUGACUGUGCCUUCUUGAAUGAGAGUCAAAAUGAGGUGGGGGAGGCCAUCCAGGAGAAGCUCCAAGAGAAGGCUGUGAAGCCUGAGGACCAAUUCAUUGUCAGCAAGGUGCCCGAGGCCCAUGGGGACAUGGAGGAACUGGUGGACAAAGGGUUGGUGAAGGCUAUUGGCAUCGCCAACUUCAACCACUUCCAGAUUGAGAGGCUCUUGAACAAACCUGGACUGAAACACAAACCAGUGGUUAACCAGAUUGAGUGUCACCCAUACCUCAUGCAGGGGAAGCUGAUCCAGUACUGCCAGUCCAAAGGCAUUGCAGUCACUGCCUACAGCCCCCUGGGCUCUCCAGACAGACCUUGAGCCAAGCCAGAGGACCCUUCACUGCUGAAGGACCCCAAUAUUAAGGAGAUCACUGCAAAGCACAACAGAACCCCAGCCCAGGUUCUGAUCCAAUUUCAUAUUCAGAGGAAUGGGGCUGUGAUCCCCAAGUCUAUGACCCCAAAGCACAUUCCUGAGAAUUUCCAGGUCUUUGAUUUUCAGUUGAGUGAGGAGGAAAUGGCAACCAUAUUCACCCUCAAGAGAAACUGA